UUAUUGAUAAUAAUAAUUACGUUGACAUGCGCAUUUCUACUUGAGGGGCUAAUUUCCCAAGCCCUAAGAAUUUGUUGAAGAAGGAGAAGGAAAAUUGUUGGCAACUCUUUGCUCCUGAUGGUUGCACCAUGUCGAGGCGCAAGCAAGCCAAACCGCAGCACAUCAACUCCGACGAGCCCGGGUCGUUAGAAAAUGGGAUUGUUCGAGAUGAUCCAGCGGAUGAGAUUGGAAAUGAAGUGAAGAGAGUCCGGAUGGAGGAGACCAGGGUCUGCAACAAGUGCUGUGCCGAAUUCUUUGAUGAAGCAGAAUUUCUUGAGCAUGAAAAGAAUUGCACUAAAAGUCAGCAAGUGGUCAUCAUGAGAGAUGGAGAUGGCAACGAAGUGCCUGAGGAUUAUUCACAAGGCUCUCCAGACGGCCUCAUGAGCGACCACGAUGAAAGCCAGUCCAGCAGUCAUUCCCUAUCAAAUGCCAAUGCAGACCAUCUGGAAAGAACAGAGGAAGAAUCCAGCAUGAAUGCAGAGGAUUUGGGACAGCAUGAUCAGAUGGACAUGCCUGGCAGCCCUGAGAUGACUUUCCAUCCCUCACAGAAAAUGCAAGACACAAAUGUAACUCUUGAAACAAUGGCAGACACUAAAGUGGCUGUCUCCCAACAUUAUUCCAACAGUCCAUCUCUGAUCUCCUCACAGGAAGCCAUACAGGCCAUCCCGAUAAUCCUGGAGCAGUUAGUGUGCCUCCAGCAACAGCAGCUACAGCAAAUCCAGCUCACAGAACAGAUUCGAAUCCAAGUAGCCAUGAUGACUCCACAGGGUCUACAGGCAUCAGUGGGGGCAGCGAUGGACCCACUGAAAGCCCUUGGUGCACAUCUCUCACAACAGCUGUCUGCUGCAGCGGCUCUGAUAGGAAAAAGAACCGGCAGUCAGAGCCUCUCUCUGGAGACAAUGAAGCAAGGUAAACUACCUCUGCCCACUGCCAUCCCUACCUCUCUGCCUGGAGGACUGGGGUCUUUGACUUCUAAAACAGACAUUUUGAAGGGCAUUCCAGACCUGGCAGGCCGUUUACCAGCACAGAUGCCACAGUCUCCAGGUGUCAUGAAUUUCACAGGCAACUUCAAUGGUAUCGAGUCCUCCAAAAAAGUGAAGACAAAAAUGGUGAACCCUCCACCUGAGGUAAAGACUGGUGACUCGUUCUACAAGCACAAGUGUAAGUACUGUGGAAAGACCUUCGGCAACGACAGUGCUCUCCAGAUUCACUUGCGCUCUCACACCGGUGAGAGGCCCUUUAAGUGUAACAUUUGUGGAAACCGCUUCACAACCAAAGGAAACCUAAAAGUGCAUUUCCAGCGGCAUAAAGACAAGUAUCCCAACAUCGGCAUGAACCCACAUCCUGUGCCAGAGCACCUUGACAACAUCCCUACCAGCAGCGGUAUUCCUUUUGGCAUGUCUGUGCCCAUGGACGACUCAAAUUUGACCGACAUUAAGCCUGUGCUAGGUCAUCCGGCUGCUGGCUUCCACCCGUCACCUGUACCAGGAUUCAAGACAACAUUUGACAGCUUAGCAGGGGACCCGUUUCCCCAGAGACCCUCCCCAUCAACAAGUGAUAGCUCCCCCUCUGUUUCCUCCAAUGUGUUUGGCCAAGAGACGGGAGUGGAUCCCAAUCAGAAGGAUGCUAAAGAAUUGCACGGAGCACUGCAUCAUAUGAACGGUAAUGCCCUCAUAGGAGACCAAAGCUCUGGAACAGCAAAACUUCAGCAGAUGGUGGAUGGCCUGGAAAAGAGGACCAAUGACCCCAACGAGUGUGUAAUCUGCCACAGGGUGCUCAGUUGCCAGAGCUCGCUCAAAAUGCAUUACCGAACACACACCGGCGAGAGGCCCUACAAGUGCAAAAUCUGCGGCCGUGCCUUCUCCACCAAGGGGAACCUUAAGGCCCAUUACGGAGUGCACAGAGCCAACACUCCUCUUAAAAUGCAGCACUCGUGUCCCAUCUGCCAGAAGAAGUUCACCAACGCCGUGGUUCUGCAGCAGCACAUUCGUAUGCACAUGGGUGGGCAGAUCCCCAACACCCCAAUGCCAGAGAACCAGUUUGAAGCAGCAGAAGCAAUGGAGUCACCUUUUUCAGAGGAGAAGUCUAUGGAUACCAAUGGCUUUGAAGCAAGCAUGGAGGAACACGAGCCAGAGCUGAACUCCCUGAAGACAAAUGAGGCCGCUGAUCCUCUCCCACCUGCCUCUGAGGAGCAACUGCAGAAGCAAGCAGCUCCUGCCGUGUUUUCCAGCCUUGAUGUUUUGAAGAAUCUCACCUCUGCUCUUGCACUGAAACGACAGAGUAGCACCGCUUCGGAAAGUGAGGGAACGUCCAGAGAAUCCCUGUCGGCUCCCAAAGAGCAGGAAUAUCAGAAUGGCCGCAGUCCUGCCAUUUCUGACUCUGCCAUGUCAUUUCAUUCCUCUUCUCCACUAAACAACACGAGUAGCAGCAAGUCUCCUGAGUCUGCUAUUAAUGAAUUCGCCCAGAGCCUGCCCAAACCAGAGUCCGAUGGUGGUGCUGAGCCAAGUGGAGCCCUCGACCUCACAGCUUCAAGCAGCUUCACCCCCAAAGCGAUCAAAGAAGAGCCUGGCAUGCCGUUCACAAAUGGAGACUAUGUUCCUGGUAACAUGCCUUUUAUGAGGAUGCCAUCAAGUCUGGCAAGUCUGGAGAUGAAGCUUCCUCUGGAGAAUCCCUUGGGCCCGCAUGGUUUGUUCAGCUCCCAUAUGCCUCAGGGAACAGCAAUGGCCUCCUCCAUCUCAUCUGCACCGCGACGAUCAACCAAACAGCACGUGUGUCACACCUGCGGCAAGAACUUUUCUUCUGCCAGUGCCUUGCAGAUCCACGAGCGCACUCAUACAGGGGAGAAGCCAUUUGCCUGCAACAUCUGUGGCCGAGCUUUCACCACCAAGGGAAAUCUAAAGGUGCAUAUUGGCACUCACAUGUGGAACAACACGUCACGGCGUGGUCAGCGUCUGUCCCUGGAUAACCCCAUGGCGCUGAUGGCAAUGAGCUCUGAGGCCAAGAUGAUGCCCGAGAUGAUGCAGGCCCCCAAAGAGCUGGGUGCUCCACCAAUUAACUUUGACCAGUCUCUGUGGAACCAGUAUGCUGCUGCCUUUAGUGGGGGUCUGACCAUGAAGACCAACGAAAUUUCUGUCAUCCAGGGCGGUGGCGUCCCACUGCCCGGCAGCCCCGCCGGAGGGCCUAUGAUCGGCUCCACCGGAGGCCUCAUGAAGAUGGACGGAUCCCACUCUGGCUUGCCUGCCACCAUGGCUGAAAUUGAGAAGAACAGCUCAGACAGCGUGCCAAAGUCACAGUUCCCACAUUUCAUGGAGGAGGGUAAAAUUGCAGUUAAUUAGGCUUUUCUAGCCUCUGCCAAUCUACCACCUGAACUCAGUUAUUUGAAUGUCUCCUUUUUGAAUGAGGUACAAUCAAUAUUCCCUGUAGAAUCUGCUUAGAUUGGUUGAAUUUUUCCAGUAACUCCAUUCCAACUCUCUUCCCCCUCCUCAUCUUGAACGAUCCUCAAGUGUUAUUUUUAGUUCAAACUGAUAUAACUACUGUAGCUGUAUUUUAUUUUAUAUAAAUAUAUAUGCGGGUAUUUUUUUCCUGUGACUUUUGUUUUGUUUUGCUGUCUAUCCAGAAGUUUGAAUGUAUAAUUUACUUGAAACUGCUUAAAUUCGGACUGUCUCCUUGAUACUUUUGAAGGAUUUUUGACUUUAAUAGGAAGUUUCAGGGCAUGACUUUUUAAGGACACAGCGUCUCAAUGUUCAGAAAUAAUGGUGUAGUUAACUGUAUGUAUCUAGAAUGACUACUUUCCCUCCUACUGUGUGCCAUAGGUUUUAUGACAUUGUACAUUUUUUGUAGUGGUAAAUGUCAUUAGCGUGUCUCAAUUUGAAGGGGCUCUUGGUCAGACCGACAGAUUAUUCCAGUGUCUUGUUCAUUAAUUCAAGGUUCAACAAUGGCGACAUCAGUUUUAGAUAACGUAGAUUACAAAAUAGGCUUUCAUCAUUGUUGCAUUGGUGCUACGAUACAGUAGGGGAUGACUCGAACCUUUUGCAAAGUGCCUAACAUGAUUGUACAAAGUGGCUGUUGUCUUUCACUGCACCAUUAGUUUGUUAUGAAGGCUCUGUUAGACUGAUAAAUUAGUGGGAUGUACCGUGUAACAUUGUAUUUAAUAUUUUCAUCAGUUUAAGAAAGUCAACCCCCCCCCCCCGCAACAUAUUCCACUUGUCAAUCUGCAGAUUCAAAAUUGGUUGGCUGAGCUCUGAAGGCUUUUAUAUGCUCAAUGUUCUCAUGCCUGCACUUUAUUUCAGGUUUUUACUUACAUUUACAUGUUAUACUUUUCACAGCUUUUAUUGUGAUGGCUGAAUGGGUAAAGGGCAAAUCAACAAUUUUGUCAACUUCACCUUACUGUUAGUUUUUGUGUGAAACAAACAUUAAGAGCAAUCGUCAGACUUUUUUGUUUUUCUAGGUUAUCGUAUCAACUUGUAGCAUCAUUAAUUUAUUUAUAAUCCACAAACUGCUUGAGGUUAGGGGGUAAGUUCUACCUCGUUUAGAUUUUAGUUGUCCUCCACGCCCCCUACCCUUCAACGCAACGCUCUGUACAUUUUCCGAUACAUUCUCGAUUAUAUGAUAAGAUUUUCAUUCUCAACCUGCUGAGUUCAACAGUAAUGAAUGUACCACUGGACACUUUACACAACUCAGAAUGGUCAGAGUACUUUGUAGGCCCCUGCUGUACAUUCCUUAUCGAUAUGCAUUUGCCAAGUUGUGCCUUUCUUUAGCAAACCAUGUCAAAACUGCUUUCAAGUUGGUCUCUACAGUUAAUGUGAUGUUGAGCCAGUUUGGCCUGUUUACAAUGUAAAUGUUUUUGUUUUUCAAAUGUUUCC